AUGGAGAGGCGUUGUAAGCUAGUGCUCGUCGGGGAUUGCGAGUGUGGGAAGAGCGCCCUGCUACACGUCUUUGCCAAGGGAGCAUAUCUGGAGAGUUACACUCCGACAGUGUUUGAGAAUUACACAGCAAGUUUUGAGAUCCACCAACAACGAACACACCUCAACAUGUGGGACACCUCAGGCUCGUGUGAUUAUGAUAAUGUGCGUCCGUUGGCGUAUGCAGAGUCUGACGCCGUGCUGCUCUGUUUCGACAUCAGCCGACCACACACACUACACGGCAUAACCAAGAAGUGGCUGCCUGAGGCUCUGCGCUUCUGUCCAGCAGCUAAACUGAUGCUGGUUGGACUCAAACUGGACCUGAGGACCGACACACACACACUCAUCGAACUCGCCAAGAACAAAGCACACCCCGUUACCUACGAGCAGGGCACUUCCGCUGCCCGCCACAUGGGGGCUUUGGCGUAUGCUGAGUGCACAUCACGCUAUUCCGAAAACUCCGUACGCGACGUGUUCCACGUGGCCACCGUGCUGUCAGUCAACUAUCAGCAGCCAAUGGCACGCAGUGGAUCAUCAGGACCCGCCCCCCUCAAACACAUCUGUCAGGUGCACCAGCCAAUUAGCACAGCCGCAGACACGGACAACCACGCUCCCCGGCUCAGGAGGGGCGGGGCUAAGAGCUGCAGUAUCAUGUAG